UUGUAUUUCCUAUGCUUUUUCUACAACAUACUUGCUGGUUUUCGUCUCCAGGAAGUCUCCGAUUUCCUUGACCAAUACUCCUCUGAUAAGUCAGUUUUAGCAGCAUCCUCUGCUAAUACAUUACACACCGAUCCCAGAUCCCUUGGCUCUCUUGUAAGGACUUCGUGUAGCGGUCAGGGGAUCUCAUUGAACGUCAGCGCCAGUAUUCACAAGUCAAGCUCAGAUACCGUUUCUGACCACUGUGAGUCUGGAGCUCUGCCUAUAUCUAUUAAAACAAAUAGUCCUACGCCGACCCUUGCCUGUCAUGAUAGCAUUAUUGGGAAUACUAAUCUAGAUGAAGGAAUUUCGCAAGCGCAACUGCUUAACCAACCGACAUUGAAUAGCAGCUCAAUUGAAGACUCCUCCGAGGUCAUUUCAGUCCCUAUGUGUCCGGCUGAGGAACUGACUAAACGAUGCCGCGCUAUGCUUGGUGAACUUGAGCUUUUUUCCAAUUGUGUCUUCUCUGGCCAUUGGUUUUCGCGCCUCGAGCCGCAGAUUGUCCGCGACCUUGUGAAAACGCGUGGGUACACUUCUAAUUCAGCAAAUUGA